AAAAUCAGAGGUGAGACAUUUGCCUUUCUGAACAUACGGAAGUGAUGUCUUUGUUUUCUUACUAACAGGUAAUUUAGAAAUGGAUUCCAAGCCUCGUCGGCUUCCGUUCUCAGUGUCCAGCUCUUCGUCCCUGUCCUCGCCUUCUUCCCUCUCCUCUUCCUCAGCCCUGGGCUCUAGCCGACUGUACGGCAGAGGAAGUGUUUUGAGCAGUGACCGGUUCUCCAGGGGAACGCCUGUCAAACUGGACACUGACUACCAGAGCUCACGUUUUCUCGGGUCGACCAGAGACUACACCUCGGCCGAGAGCCGUCACCCAAGCUGGAAACUCUCCACUCCCCUCUCUGCCUCUUCGUCCGUGUCAUGUGAUCGCCCGUGGGCGGAGUCCUCCGUGGGGAGCCGAAACAAACCGGUGGACUCUGAAAGGAGACUGGGAUCAUACUCUGGGCUUCUCAGUUCAGCUCAGGACAGCGAGACCAAAAGAGCCAAGCUCUCUUACACAAACAGAGCGGGGUACACCAGGCCCUCGUCAAGCGCCGGCUCCACCUCUGCCUCCGGCCUUUACUCCGGCUUAGGGAGUAACACAGAUUCAUCGUGGAAAUCGUUAAGCUCUCUGUCCAGAUCAUCUUCAUCUACUUCCUCCACAUCUUCAUCCUCAUCCUCAUCCUCGUCCUCGGCGGACGGUUUGUGGGCUCGGAGGGACCUGGAAAAGAGAAACGAGUCCGUGCUGGGAGAUUCCAGCACCAGGAGCUCAGGACUGUCAUCAUUAUAUCGCCCAGAGCGGGUGACCUCCACUUACGCCCAGGGCGCCCGGCCUAAAGAGAGUCUGUACUCCUCCCGUCGGGAGAGCGGCUCCACCAGCCGCCGCUUGUCCUCCGACUACCUGUCGUCUCCCUUGGGGUGUGACUCCCACAGGCCCUCCUCAGACUAUCAGCCCUCCGGCCUGACCCGCGACUCCCCUCGCAGCAGCUCCAGCUCCAGCUCCAGCUCCCUCAGGACGCCCAGCACCUCCCUCUCGGACGCCUCCCGCCUCUCCUCCUGGAGCGCCUCCCCUUACACGCCCCUCAGCGAACGGAGCACCAGUCCUCCUUCCUCUAGCCCCGCCCCAAUCCCCGCCCCCGCCCCGGUCUCUGCCCCUGAAAACGAAGAGCCGGACGGAAGGCGUUCCACGAGACGGCUCCUGUCUCGCCUCUUCUCCCGGCGUUCCAGUCAAGAUACGAGCUCCACCCCGAGCCCCGCCUCCCGCUCGUUCGACUCCGCCUCCGAUGACGCCGUGCCCGAUGCCGCCCCGCCUACGGCCGGCAACGAGAGCGAGGAGACGGAGGUCAGGGGAUCGGACCCCGUGCAGGCUUUUGCCUUCCUGCGGAGGCGGAGUCAGGGGCAGGGCCUGACACCAGUGCAGGAGAGCGUGAACCCGGGGGUGGAACCAGAGGCCCUGCGGGGCACGGGAGGGUUGGCGUGGUUGUCGUGGAACCGCUGCACUCCCCUCUUCUCCCGCAGGAGGAGGGAAGGGCAAGAGGAGAGCAGCCGGAUGGAGGCCCGCCGGACCUCCCAGUACCCGCUCAGCGGCAGAGACGAAAACAAAGCUCCGGACAGGGACGCCCGACGCGAGGAGGAGGAAGAUGAUGAUGAUAACGAAGACGAAGAAUCGGAGGGCGCUACGGCCGCCCGCCCCGCGGGGGCCUCCGGCCUCUCCGCCUCCCUGUUGCAGGACGCCGCCCGCCUCGCCGGGCGGAGCCACGGUGUCGCCAGGGUGAUGACCAGCCCCCUUUUCCGCAGACCCGAGAACGUGAUGAUUGCCGUGGACAUAGGGGGAAGUGGGCGGGGCCAGGCUGAUGGACAGGCCAAGGACAAGCCCGCCCCAUCCAGAGACCCUGAGAAGCUUCGUAAGAUCCAGGAAAGCCUGCUGUUGGAGGACUCCGACGAGGAGGAGGGAGACCUGUGUCGUAUCUGCCAGAUGGGAGAGGAGUCGAGCUCCAAUCCGCUGAUCGAGCCGUGUAGAUGCACCGGGAGCCUGCAGUAUGUGCAUCAGGAGUGCAUAAAGAAGUGGCUUCGCUCCAAAAUCAGCUCUGGGUCAAACCUGGAUGCCAUCACUACCUGUGAACUGUGCAAAGAGAAACUCCAUCUUGACAUUGAGAACUUCGAUAUCAACGAGCUGUAUCGCUCUCAUGAGCGGUCCGAGUAUGAAUUCAUCAGCUGCGGCCUGUAUCUAGUUGUGCUCCUCCACCUGUGUGAACAGAGAUUCUCCGACGUUCUGGGUGCUGCUAAUGAUGCCGGGUUUUCAACUUGGCGAGAACUCUGCACGAGCACAUGGACAAUCUUGAAAGUUCAUACGUACCGGACUCUGACGACGAAGACACACCGGACAACAGGCCAUCCAUUGACUUCUGCGACCUGGAGGAGGAGGAUGAAGAGGAAGAGUAUUGAUCAGAGAAAACGGAGGGGAGAAGUGUUCCCCGCUCUUUCCUCUCUGCUGGACUGUCCUCCGCCGUCGCUCGCGUUAACGCCCUGGAGUGUUGCCGCGACGACCAGGGGAAAGAAGCCCUGCCCCAGCCUGCUUUACCAAGGCUCUCCAUGAUGAUCUUUAUGCAGAUAAAAUAAUCAGGGGUCUAUAGCUAAGCCAAAUGUCGUUGGCAGUUCCUCUGUCCCUCCCUUACACGUCUUUAUAGACUUUGUAAUUUUUGUUUCUUUUUUCUUUUUUUUUUUUUUUUCAUUUUAGCAUCUGAGGCUACGUGCACAUCCUUCUUCAGCUUUAGUCAGUUCAAAUAAAAUGAAAUAAUAAAAAAAAAAAAAAAAUUAAAAAAAUGAAAACCUAUGGAACUGUUAAACCGCGAGUGCUUUAUGUGUUUACUGUGCUGUUGACAGGUGAUUGCAGUAGAGGGACUGGAUGCGUUUAGAAGUUGAAUUUUUACACAUGCUUUGGUGGAAGAAGGCAAAGGGAAAAGCACACCUCUGUAUUUGAGGACUAUCUGAAGAGUUUUAAUUGUAAAGAGGAUCUCCGUGGGGAUCCUGUCAAGUGAUGUGGUGGAUAAUUCCCUUUAAAUUUUUUUCUUUUGUUUCUGUGCGUUUGUUUUAUAUGUUUUGUUUGUUUGUUUUUUUUGGCUUUUGAAGUGAGUUUUGCGGAGUGUGAUUUGGAAAGAGAGUGAGAAAAUGUGAGUGUUUUUGAUCACUGAAUUAAGGAUUUACUAGUUUUCAUUGUUUAAUGUUUGUUGCGUCGUUAAAAAGCUAAUGUAAUUUGGUCGGCUUAUUGUUUCUGGAUUUCAUAAUUACAAUAAAGUUUUUGAUGUACGGAGGCA